UCAAAAACUUUUGGCGGUUAUUCCUGCUGUUCCAUGUUUCAAUCACGAAAAUAAAUAAAUAAUGGCUGAAAAACUCGAGGACCUGAAUCUCCCGAUGACUGUAGUCACGCGGAUAGUGAAGGAGGCGUUACCGGAAGGAGUUUCUAUAUCAAAAGAGGCGCGAACCGGUCUCGCGAAAGCCGCUUCGGUUUUUGUGUUGUAUGUGACUUCGGCUGCUACAAAUAUUGUGAAGAAUAAGAAAAGAAAGGCUCUUACUGGUCAGGAUGUGUUAGACGCUAUGCGGGACAUAGAAUUUGAUAGAUUCGUGGAGCCUCUUAGCGAAUCUUUAGAACAAUACAAACAAAUGGUAUCGGCUAGGAAAUCUGGUGCCGGCAAGAAGAAGGACGAAGGAGAGGAGGUGGAAAUGAUAGAAGACGACUAAUGUGAUAUUCUGACUCAAUAGUGUUAAGUGUAUUUAAGUAUUUUGUUAAUAAAUUGUGUUGAAAUUCA